AUAUGUAUACAUAUAUAUAUGUAUAUUUUAAAUUGGGGUUUUAUGGUUAUUUCUAUGGCAAGCUGCCAUUUUUAAAUAUGUGAUUUCAGACCAGAGUCAAAAUAUCCAUUGAAGAAUCAACUAAUUUUGUUUUAAAGCUGAAGAACAAGCAGCUCAUUGAUAUAGAGUUGUAGAAAAUGUGCCUGUUUACAUUAGCAUGCAAUUAAAAAAACACAAUCAAUCUACCCUUCAUGUUCCUAUGAGCAGAUAAAUAAUCCUGCUUCACACCGAACUGCCUCUCUGAUCUGACCACUAACUAAUCAAACGUCAUCACCAAGUCCAACACAGACAUCAAUCUUUGUUGGUUUCUCUGCUUUCUAAUUGGCUCCCCAUCUUUUCUACAGACAUCUCAGAUAUAUCUCCUCUCCCUCUGCGCUCCGCACACCUCCCACCUUCUUUCUCUCCGUUUAAAACAGCUGCAGCUUCAGCUCCCUCACUGAGGAAAAGCACACUGUCAAGGUCCAUUGGUACCAGUCCUCACUUCUCUUCGAACAGAGAAAUAUCAGACCAGGUAAGUUAGGCUCUAUAGUUAAAAAGCAUUGCUUUGGCUCAUUUUAUGUAACAAGAGGGACUUACUGUGUGUGUAAUUUAUUUAUAUGUAAUUAUUUUUUUGUUAAAAGCACUGCAAGAAAUGAUUAGCUUUAAGAUGAAGGAUUUAUAUUGAUGUAUUCUAGGAGUGUAAAGACAAUGGUGUGUUUCAGCUUCUGGUGUUUUUCAAGUGAUAGAUUAAAAUCAAUCAGUUUGAAAAGAAAAAACUUACAUAUCUGUUUAAUAAAUAUAUUUUAAAAACUUAAGUCUUAUUUCUUUUUUUAAAAAAGGGAAAUGUUAUGCAUUUGGAGUUCUGUUUUGCAGUUAAAUUUUGAAUUUCUGUGAUUUUAUGUGCAAAAUUCAGAUAAUUUUUCCCCUCCCCAAGAACUGAAAAACAUUAUUUUAAAUUUGUUGCUGUAAACCAAGACAACAAAUAUUGUCUUGAGAAAACAAGAGGAAAAGACUGAGAACAGUAACAGUUUCCUAUGGAAAUAUUAUUCUGCAGAAAGGUUGGCAACAAAGCAUGAGGAGGUCACAUUGCUACAUUCCCUCUGGCAGGUUUCUGCAGCAGCGGUCUGAAGCAUCCUUUGGGGCACAGAUAAAUGGGCAGGGCUGAUUAUGUGAUGAUGUGGAGCGCAGCAGUUAGGAUGCGAGUGCGACUGCCUUUCAGGAGAGAAACAUCAAUUCAUUUGUUGAAUUUAAAUUGAGUUUAACUUAGCCGCUAACUCGUACUGGACAUACGUCAGAAAAAUGCAUGCGAAUCCACCUUAUUUCUGCUCGACUUUAUGCUUGGAAACAAAAGAACUGGAGGAAAAAAGCUGCCUGUCUUCUUGUCCUCACUGCUUUCAAGAGCCAUCAGAACAGUGACAGGUUUUUUAAAAAUGUUUUACACACCCUAGAGUACCAAGAAAAAUACACUGAAAGACAGUUUUUAAAAUCCAGAGGAUGGCAAAGGCAGACACCAACUUUUCUUUGGCCUUUUUCUUAAACAUCAUUUCAGAAGUCAUUGUCAAGCAGGCAAAAAUAAACAGUUUUACUUAAAAGCAAUGAAGGAUUGGAACUUGCUGGUGUGAGUAGCAGGAUGUUUUGACCAAGAGCUGCCUACUUGAGAGGUACGUUGGGAGAGUUGAUUACUGAACAAAAAGCAGGUGGUUAACUGGAAACGGCGUGCAGCUGUGAGGGACGGCAAGAGAUAAACUGAGAAAACAGGAAAUAUGUCGGAUAGAGAACAAGUGAUAAGAAAAUAUGAAAUAAUACAAAAUUCCUGUAAAAUUCUUCUAAUUAUUAUUCUAAGUCCUUGGUAACAAAUUGUGUGAGAAACAUUUGUUCCUGGCUGGUUUAUGGUGAAAUUACUUUAUUUCUCUCCCUGGAUAAAGUCUCCAAAUGGGUUCACUGGGACAUUCAGUUAAAAGUAUCUGAAACCAGUAACACCUAGCAACAAUAUGUGUGAUAGCUUAAACUUAACCAGCUAUUAUCAAUUUACUGAGAUACUGGAUUUGGUCACUUGGAUUUCAAUGACUUUUUGCAGUCUCUUUCCUUAAAGUUACUUGUUUCUGGUGACGUUCCACUCAAUUAUAUAAUUUAAUUGAUCAGUUUUUCUUAUUCAUUUGUAUUUGUAGAUUGCUUAGGAUGUUAGAGAUAACUGCUUGUCUAUUUAAAUACACUUACAUGUUUAGUUUAUAUUCAGGUUUUGCACAGUAUUUUUAUUGCAUGAUAUUUUGGAGUAUAAAAAAGUUCUCAGAGUAACACAGACCUCAUUAAAAUCGUCCACAGUACUCGAAGCAAAAGACAAAACCUCACAUCACAUUGUCAUUGAAAUCCCUGUUCAGUACAUUCAUUGAUAGUAUAGCUGGCUGUGAAAAGUAAGAGGUCUAUGCUUCAACUGUUGCAGAUUAAUUCCCCAGUCUGUACCUCAGCACAAAUGAUGCUAAUUAGCAGAGGACGAAUGUGAAAAGACAGCAGAACCAUAAAGUCUCAUUAUCAGGGCUGCUGGUGACAAUAAUUCAGUGAAGCAAAACUGUAGUAUGCAGACUGAUGAGCAAUCUGGCAAAUUUGUUCAUUUGAAAAAAACAAUACAAAUAAAACUGAAAAUGUCGUUUUUAUACUUUUCUAUUCACUCCUAAUAGUGCAGAAAUACAGAAAAGCCUUGUUCUCAGGUAGAUCAAUUUCUGCUUCUCACAGAACUAUCAGAAUCCCUUCUCAUUAAACCCCCUUAAGCUCUGAUUUCUCAGAUCUUUUGAGCUGAAGGAGCAGCGUCCUCUCUUCCAGAGGCUACCAAAGGAUGAAUGCCUGUAGCUCCUGAACUAUGAAAGCUCCCACAUUGCUGUGGUCAGGCACAAAGACCAGUUCCUGUCAACAACGCACAACUGUACGUUUGCUUGUCAUCCUUAGAUUUACAUUCCUCAGAAGAAGAGUGCUCCCUUUUGAUUUAGAGAUCCACCAUGGUCGAACUUAGAGAUGACUCCCUGACUUUGACAAAGUAACUAGAGAGUUUGCUUUGUCAGGUAUAAAGAACUAAGCCAGCCAGCAUUUGUUCAAGUGGUUUUAAGAUCUAUUUAGAGAUAUAAUUCUGGUGGCUCCUGUGAGUAAAGCACAUUUCAGUUUCAGUUCUGAAAGCUGCCAGGGCUUGGCACGCUCAGAGAUCCACAAAAGUAAAAUUGCAUAUGAGAAUUAUUUACUCCAUUUAUUAGGCCUUUUGUUUAUGGGAUGCUUCCAACACUACCUCUGUUUUCUUUUUUAUAUUUCACACUUUUGAAAUAAAAGGCAUGUUUCAUCCAUUUGUUUUUUAGUUUCUUUCCUUUCAUUGAUAAAACAGAGAGCAUAAGUCCUUAUAAGGGAGCUUUUGUCUUACUUUCAAGACAAAUGCUCAUAGACGUAAACUGCUACUGUUCUAACUUCCCUGCAGCAGCAAGCUGUGCUGUAAUGCUAACGUUAGCCUCACAUGAACGAAUGACAUGUCUGUUUCAGCUAUGUUAUUUUUUGUCUAUGUUCCUUUCAGUGCAAUUUUUUUUUUAAAAAGUCUUUCUGAGCCACAAUUAACCCAAAAAUAUUAACACCCAUUUCAUUUUAGAAUUAGAAUAAUUUUGAUUCAACUCUAAGUUCUUCUGACAAGAAAUGAGUGAGGCAUCUCAGAUAAUACAAUAAAAAAUGUAAAAGUAGAGAAGUUGAAAAAAAAAAAGUAUUUAAAAAAAGAAAAAAUAAGUGUUAUAACAUUCGAAAUCUUCUAAUAAUUACUGACAAGUUUUUUGUUCAUGUGGUUUUUGGACCUUUUGAUUUGGACAAUUAGCUUUGAGGUUGGAAAGCCUCUUUGCCAUCAUCCUAAUCUUUAGUCCGCUCUUUUAGAGUCUCUAUCAGAUUCAAAUUUGACAUUUGACUGGGCUACUUAAAAAAUAAUACUACUUUCUGUUAGAAGAAACAUUUUGGCAGAAGUUAACUUUAUAUCUUAAUUUGCCCGGCGUAUGAAGCUCUUGUCCUUGAGGGAAAAUGCUGCGACUCCGUCUGCAUAAAGUAGUUAAAGUUUGCAAUAAAAAAUUCUUUCAGCUGCCAGUUAUGCCUGGAUUGAAUAUUUAUUGUCAGCAGGGAGAGCUCCAUUCAGUUCAGGGUCAUCAAAGACCUUCAUUAUGUCAAAUGUUUUUCAAAAGGUUAAAGCCAGUGGUGAAGUCAUUUGAAUGCGUUCAUGCACAGCCUUCUGUGACAGUCACCACAUGAUGAGGGCGCAACCCCGUACUUCCUGCGGUUUGUCAGUGGAAGAUUUCCAGAGCUCAUUAACUAAAAUGAUAAUGACAAUGUGAUGAAGGUAAACUGAUACAGCUCUGUUACAACUUGCCUGGAGGAUCUCCAAGCCUGAUAUGGGGAGUUUUUAAAAUUUCUGAAAAACACUUCUGGUGGCACUAGGAUACAUGUGUCCAGUUUUGCCUCACAGCUGGGGAUCAGAAAAUGAUGGAAUUUCAUUAUUUCUGUCAGGCUUCAAAGGAAUAAUGCCUAAGGCUUGAAAGAAUAUUUAAAAAAUGUGUUGGUGUUUAAAUAUUUUAAUACACAUGUCCUAAUUGCAUUUUUAGUUAAUUUAUUCUUGAUUAGCUGAUAUGAUGACAGGCAGCAUGGAGAAGUCAUGUUUGAAUGAGUUCACAAAAAAGGAAAACUUAAAAACGAUGCAUCUCAGCCAUGCUUAGUUAUUGUGCGUAUGCUGAACAGGCCAAACAGAGCGAGUUAAUUAAUAAUGAAAUUUUUUCUGCAGCUCUUGGCAUGUAAAUUAGGACCUAAUGUUGUCAUGUGGUGUUUCUAAAACACAUUUUAUUGGUGGAUGGAAGUAGUUGCUCUCUGCAUUUAUAAUGAGAUUCCUUCACAACCAUCUGCCUCAUUAUACCUUCCUCUUUACCUCUAAACGAGUGAAUGUGUUGCUGCUUGUAAAAGCAUGAUUUUUCUACUAAGAGUCUUCCAUUUAUUAAAUGUCAUGAUCUUUUUUUCCUCCGUGUUUAUAUUUUUCAAGUACCUGAUAGUCUGACCUUUUAGAGGUGUUGGUGAUGUUUGACUAUAAACCUGCCACUUUUUUGUUGCAGUGCACAUACGGACAGGAGGCUAUGGAGGCUAACCGCAGUAGUCCAACAGGAAGCACGCCGCCUUCCUCAUCUGCAGAGCAACCUGAGGGGCGCAUUUAUGAGGUAGCAGUGCAGAGCAACUCCACCAACCGCAGCUCACAGUUUGCAGAUGUGGCCCUCCUGCAGACAUUCAAGCCUCUCAUCAUCCCUUGUUACGUGCUCGUGGUUGUUGUGGGCGUCGUCGGGAACUACCUGCUCCUCUAUGUCAUCUGCCGAACCCGCAAGAUGCACAACGUCACCAACCUCUUCAUCGGGAACCUGGCCUUCUCGGACAUGCUCAUGUGUGUGACGUGCGUCCCCUUCACUCUCGCCUACGCCUUCAAUCCACACGGCUGGGUCUUCGGCCGCUCUAUGUGCUACUUGGUCUUCCUCAUCCAACCUGUCACUGUAUACGUUUCCGUUUUCACGCUCACAGCUAUCGCUGUGGACAGAUAUUACGCCACGGUUCAUCCACUGAAAAAGCGAACCACCGUGGCCACUUGUGCCUACGUCCUCAUCGGGAUCUGGCUGCUGUCCUGCGGUCUGGUGGCUCCGGCAGUGACUCACACCUACCAUGUUGAGUUCAAAGAAGAAGGCUUCACCAUCUGUGAGGAGUUCUGGUUGGGCCAGGAGAAGGAGAGACGGGCCUACGCCUACAGCACGCUGCUGAUCACAUACGUCCUCCCCCUUUCGGCCGUCUUUGUCUCCUACCUCUGCAUCACCGUCAAGCUGAAAAAGUGCAUCGUCCCUGGAAACAGGUCGCAAGACCAGGUGUGCGUUCACCAGGCCCGAAAGAGGAAGAUCUUUCGCCUCGUGGCUCUGCUGGUGUCCGCCUUUGCCGCUUGCUGGCUUCCCAUUCACGUGUUCAACGUUCUGAGAGACAUCGACAUCCACCUGAUAAACAAGCAAUACUUCCUACUCAUCCAGCUGCUGUGCCACCUCUGCGCCAUGAGCUCCUCCUGCUGCAACCCCUUCCUCUACGCGUGGCUACACGAUCGCUUCCGCACGGAGCUGAGGAAGAUGAUGAAGUGCAGCCAUCGCAUCGGAGUCCCCGCCAGCCACUGCGCAGCUGGAGUGGUUUUGUAGCCUGCUUAUUUGCUUAUUUGUAUUUUUGCGCAGAUGGGGACUUGACCAACGCUAUCCAUCAACAUGAAGUACAGGUGCAACUCAGCCAUUGUCAAGCAGUAAAUAAUCUCCUAUGCACAAACCAAAAUCAAGCAAUUCGCUGCUGUUCCAUCCAUCUGAUGCGCUUCAGAAAACUGCCUCUGAAAACUCUGUGUCUCACAGUAAAGCAUUAAAAAUGACUCUACCCUGAAAAAACAGUAGAAAAGAUAUGAUUAUGUUAGUAAUCUUCAAGAUUUGUAUAUAUGGUGAAACUUAAGAUAUUUACUUAAAAGCAAUCAUUGUUAUUGUUCAUAUAAGCAGUGAGAAGGAUUCAUUUGUUGGUGAAACAAACUGUGUUUCAAAUUCAGGUAAACUAUGGUUGUAUCCGAACUUGAGGUGGAACUUAAUAAUUUUUUUUUGAUUGCGUUAAUUGCAGGGUCUCUAAUGAAUUAAUCGCAUUUUAAUUGAAACUCAAUUGAACUCAAUUUAAAAAAAUAGGCAUAUGAGAUCGAAAACAAAGAUAUUUAUUGUUUUUAGUCUGUUAUUUAGAUUAUUCAACUGUCUGAUUGCACAAAUUUUCCAUUCAGCUUUCAAGUGUUUCAGUGUCUCGUUUAUGUAGCAACUUUGAUGCGUUAAAGUCACGUCCUCAAAACUAAUACAAAUAUUUUAUGUAAAAGGUUGAAGAAUCUUGGAUGUUUCAUACAAUGUCAGAGUUUACAGAGGAAUUGCAUGGACUAAAUGGAUUCUGAUUUAUAAUUUUGUUUAUUAAAGAUGAUGAGGCUUCAAAUCUUCAAGCUCACAAUCCUUCAAUGUCUUAUGCAUAAAUUGCAAAUACAGGCAGAAAGCUCACUAUUUGCAAAUUAUUGUUUGCAGGAGCUAUGUGGAAAACAUGAACAUGAAUGUCACCGUUAAACAGAGGGUCACGACCAAGACAAGAUUGAAAUUGAUGAAAAAAAAAAGGUUUAUGUGGAAAGGAAAUGAAGGGAAAAUCAAACUAUCAGUUCAAAUCACUUUUUGAUUGUUUCUAGUGAGUUUGAUUGUUUC